CUUGUAUUGAAGACAUCUUGCGGUCUGUCAUAGUGCACGAUUUCGAGUUCGUAACUAAGUGAUAACUUUGGUUACAACUAUGUAUUCUAUACUACGAGAUGUACAAAGCCUAAAAUAAUGUACUAAGCUAACAAACGCAAUAGGAAAAUUUUCCUGAUUAUGACGCGAUGGGUCAGUUUUAGUGUGUCAUCAGUGGUGAUUAUUGUUGGUACAAAUUAACAAAACCCUACAAGGACCGUGUUUCAGAUACACUAAUGGCCUAAACAAAAAUAUAAUAUUGAGAAGUAUGACAAACAGAGAAUGUGACCUUGAAUAUUUUAGGUGACCUAAGUGGGCAUGGACGGAAUGGUGGAGGAGAACGGUACUACAAAUACUACAAACGUCACAGAUGUUUUAUCGAGUCCGGGGUCGUCGUCUGGAGCGACACCACAACAUCAAGUUGUCACAAGUAUUGUACAACUAACUUUACCAGCACAAGCGCCUUCAGCACAGGUCCAAUCUGUAAUACAACCCAACCAGCAAUCAGUAAUUCAAACAGCAUCUAAUAUACAGUCAGUGCAAUUACCAAAGGGAAAUGUUAUACUUGUUAGUAAACCAAAUUCUGUUAUACACACUACUACACAUGGAACAUUACAAACAUUACAGAUAAAACCAGAACCAAAUAGCAUCAUAAGUGCACAGGGGCAGUCUGGUAGUGAUGAUAGUGGUAGUGAUGAUGAAAGUCCCAAAAGAAAAUAUCGAGAAAUGUUGACGAGGCGUCCAUCUUACAGGAAAAUAUUAAAUGACUUAGGAGGUGCAGAAAUUGCUGACAAUCGCAUGGGAACUAAACCAGGACCCGAAAAUGAAGUGUCGCUGACAUCCCCUUUGUCAUUUGCACCAGUGAUACCCGCUGGAGCUCUGCAAACUGAAGGGGGUCUACAUACACUGGCGGUGUCCGGUACGACGGGCGGAGGGGCUAUCGUGCAAUACGCAACGGGGCAAGAUGGACAAUUUUACGUGCCGGGUCCAAUAUUAGAAGAUCAGACUCGUAAGCGUGAGUUACGUCUCAUGAAGAACCGGGAGGCUGCCCGGGAAUGUCGUCGUAAGAAGAAGGAGUACAUAAAAUGUUUAGAGAACCGAGUCGCUGUUCUGGAGAAUCAAAACAAAGCAUUAAUAGAGGAGCUCAAAUCGCUAAAAGAAUUAUAUUGUCAGCAGAAAACCGAAUGAGGUCCAGCCGGCUAGCCAGAUGUGCCACUGAAAUGCUGGCAGUCAUUGAAGGCACACCAGUUUUAUGCUGGACACGAAAGAACCUCGGGUUUUGUGGAAACACUGGGGUAAAUUUUCAAAUUCAUAGAGUUAAGUCGGAAACUGUGUCACUAACUUCAAUGAAGUUGUGUCAUGUAUUAUGGCUAGCACCUCAGAGAAAUGUCGAAUUACAAAGACAUUAAUAUAUUUGUUAUGAAGGGUAUUAAACGUAACAUGUGAACAUAGAAAUUACAAAUGUCAUAGGCCAUCUAGUAGCGUGGGGGUCUAUCCAAGAUGAAUAUGAUUGUAUUGUUAAAAGUGAUAUGUUUAUCUAUUUUAUAAUAAUUAGUAUUUAAUGUUGUUUAUUUCUUCAGUUACUUGAUGAAGAUUUACAGUCUCGUAACUGUUUUUAUUCUAUUGAAAAAAUGGGCACACUUACCGAUCAGUUGUUGUAAUGUGAUGGUUUUUAUCAGAUACUAUAUACUGACCCCAAAGAGAUUAAGAAUGACAAUUUUUGUAUUACUAGUAAGUGAAACAGAUUCUACAGUAACAAAUGUGUUACUGAAUAAAACUCAAUAUUUAACUACAGAUGGUAGCUGGAAUGUACAAUUGAUCUAAGAAUAUCUUUGCUUUUGUUUUCAUCUGUGUUCGUAUCUAAAAUAAAUAUACGGUCUUACAAAUAAUUUUGUAAUGAGAAUAAACCAAUAAUAUGCAAAGGCUUGUGUUUUUCAUUCGUAUGUAUAAAGUUUCCGGCUUUUCUUUGAAAGACUGCUGCAGAAAACUUUAGAAUUAUCAUUAUAUUGACAGUGUUGUCGGUAUAUAUAUUGAUAUAGUCAACAUUAAGCAUAUUAAUGGUUUUUUCAGCUAUAACUAGUUUACAUGUAAGGCCGUUAGUGUCAAGAUUGAAAUCUUCUGCCAAUUUUCAAUAGUAAAACUCGUCUCACAAGGUCCGAUCAAGUUCAGAAUACUGCAAAUAAAGUUUGUCUGAGGAUACCAUUGUCAACUAAUAUUUUUAUUCAUGUGAUGAUAUUUUUGCAUUGAAGUGAUGUGACAUUUAUAAUAGAACCCAAGAAAUAUUCUGUUAAAGGAUGUGUGCCAUCGCUGUUGCAAUUUUCGGUUUAUUCGUUGUUUACAAUUGUAUUAUUAUUAAUGAAUUUUAAUUGAUAAUGUUUUUAUCAACAUAAUUGUACAGUUGUAAAUAGUUAUGCAUUACAAAAUAUUAUGGUUUCAAUUUGGAAUGAUAAUGUUCACUCAUUGAUUGAUUGACUAUCCAUUCUAAGUUAGUUUAGAUACAUCACCAAAUGGUUUUAUAGGUAAGCCAAAGUUAAUUAUUUAAUUUACCUGUGCAAUAAGUUAUUGCGUUGUACAGUUUUGACAGUACUUGAACGAUUGUUUCCGGCUCUUGAUAAAAAGAAAUAGAAUGUACAGAUAGCAUAGAUUUAUGUAUAGAGUGUAUUUAUUUAACAAUUUAUUGUACAUAUUCCAUAGGGAAAUAUGAAAGAACAGAUGAUUUUGACACAUUUCGCAUAUCACAUGAAAUUUUAUGCCCGUUAGUUUUUACAAAGAGUCAUAUUUUAAUAUUUUUUUUUGCAAUGUGAAAAUUUACUAUCUGUUAAAAUUUACUAAUUUCUAUGAAGUACUUUAUAGUUUCUUGGAGUAUAUAACUGACUUUCAACUAAAUAAUAAGAUUUUAUUAGUGGUUCAUUGUCAUUGUUAAUAUCUUUAAAUGUACUUUUUGUAUAAAUUAUUAUUGUUCAUAGGCUUAAUAAUUAUGUAUUUUUGUUGUUUAUUUUUAAUACGCAUAUUAAUAGUGACAAAUGACCGCGAUUUAAUGUAAGACAUUGUGGAAAGUGCCUUUUUAAAUUAGAUUAAAUAAAGUUUAUACCAACAUAGCUUUUUAUGUUAUAACUGAUGCGAUUUAUAUUAUUAAUAAUUAUUAUUAACUGUUUGAUGUAAUUGUGGGUUAUUUUAUUUAAGCUCUAUUGAGGUGGAUUACUUAACUGUGAUGGAAUCAGAAUUAAUAAUGAAGUAAAAUGUCUAUUAAUUUCA